GGUCCCUCCUUGUAUCCAAAAUUCCAAAUGCCUUCAAGUGCACCCAUAGAAACCAGACCCCAAAGGCUUCAAGAGACUGCAAGGAACUUACCCUUUCAAGUUUAUUACAGUCCCAUAUUGACCCCAACAAAUCCAAUGCAAUCAAGUCUUUCAGUCCCUGAAAGGGACCUACAUCAGCAAGAGUUCCAAGGACCAUCAAGAAAAUCAGGAUCUGUGGUACUGUCAGAGAAAUAUGGUGACCAUCAAUCUGGCCCUGUGACUUCAAGAAAGGUGCGGAAGGAACGCAUUGUGUACUCCAAAAAACAAAAGCACCUGCUGCAAGAACAUUUUGAUAAGUGUCAGUACCCAAACCAGGAUCAAUGUGUGAAGCUGGCAGAGUUAGUUGGUGUGACAGCGAGGGACAUCAAGAUCUGGUUUAAGAACAGCCGAGCUAAGUACAAGCGGAUGGCUCUCCAGAAUAUUACAGAAGCUUUGCCAGAGACCAAUGGAAGUUCAAAACCAGUUUUUGAAUCAACCCACUUUCCUGGUUCUAUACCUCUUGUUGCUGCUGAGAAUGGAGAGCCCAUGUGUUCAGGCACAUUUAGUGAGGUUUCCAUUCCCAAACUCAACUGCAUCCAGGAAUCUUCUCUGCAUCAUUAUCAGGCCAGUGAUGCAGACAGGUGUAGUCAGCAGGAAGAUCUGCUUGUUGGCCAUGCUCCCAUUAUAGAUUGGGAUUCUGGUCAAUCAGCAGCAGUUGAAGCCCAGACUGAUCUAGCAGUGACUGAAUCUACAGAUGUCCUAGAAGCUGCCACCCAUUGCCCAGAGGAGGCUCAAGGUUCAGGUCCAUCUGCAGAGGAACUCUGGCAAAGAAUCCUUGACGACUUUGACAAAUCCGAGGACUGGCUUACUCUGGAUUACACCCCAAAUCCAACUUACUUCUCUCAGCUCCUUGACCAUUCCAGACAUUUAUAG